ACAGGACAGACGCUCUUCAGCGGUCACAAUGGCUGGGAGAUGGAAGAGAAGUUGUGGAGUGCAGGAGCUGAGUCGUUAAGCGCCGCUGGUUCUCGGCAGAAAGAACCUGUCCAUAGCGAGAUUUCACUUUUGUCAGUGCUCGCGGUAUUAACGCUGAACUGAAGGCUGUGUUGACGGUGAAGCCACAGUCAUGGCAGCCCUAUCGGAGGAGGUGCUGCUGGUGGUGAAGAAGGUCCGGCAGAGAAAGCAGGACGGUACGCUGUACCUGAUGACAGAGCGCAUAGCCUGGGGCCCAGAAGGAAAGGAUCGCUUCACAGUCAGCCACCCAUACGGCGACAUCCGCUGUCAGAAGAUCAGUCCAGAUGGCAAAUCUAAGAUCCAGCUUCAGUUGGUGUUACACACAGGAGACACCACCUUCCACUUUGCUAACGAAAGCACGGCUCUGAAGGACCGUGAUGCUGCUAAAGACCUGCUGCAGCAGCUCCUGCCCAAGUUUAAAAAGAAAGCUAACAAAGAGCUCGAGGAGAAAAACAGGAUGCUGCAGGAGGAUCCAGUACUGUUUCAGCUCUAUAAAGACCUGGUAGUAAGUCAAGUUAUCAGUGCAGAAGAAUUUUGGGCCAAUCGGUUGAAAUUGACUUCCGUAGAUCACUCCAUAUCCAAUAACAACAAGCAGGAAGUGGGAAUAUCAGCGGCUUUCUUGGCGGACAUUAGACCUCAGACUGAUGGCUGUAACGGCUUGAGAUACAACCUGACCUCCGACAUCAUCGAAUCAAUCUUCAGAACAUAUCCUGCAGUCAAGGAGAAAUACGCCGAAAAUGUGCCUCACAGCAUGACCGAGAAAGAGUUCUGGACACGCUUCUUCCAGUCACACUAUUUCCACAGAGAUCGCAUCAACACCGGCCAGCAGGAUAUCUUUUCCGAAUGUGCCAAACAGGACGAGAAGGGUUUAAAGUCCAUGGUGGUUGAAGGUGUUAAGAACCCCAUGGUGGAUCUGCAGUCCCUCGAUGAUAAAAUAUUAGAUGAGGGCUAUGGCUCCUUAACAAUUCCCUCCACAUCCAACUCCUGUAAAACGGUCAAAGAGAACAGCAACUCGGCCAUCAUUAAACGCUUCAACCAUCACAGUGCCAUGGUGCUGGCAGCGGGUCUGCGCAAAGUCGACGCUCCCAAUGACCAGGCCAGUGAGACCAGUGGAACAGACGGGAAUUCCAGAGACUCGGACUGCUUUCAGCCACCAGUUAAAAAGGUGAAACUGCAAGAGGCUAUUGAGUAUGAGGAUCUGGGGACUCACUCUGGGCCUAAAACAAUUGCUUUAAACCUCAAGAAAUCUGAUCGGUAUUCCCAUGGUCCAGUUCCCCUACAGUCCCAGCACUACUCCACAAGCCAGGACAUCAUUAACUCCGUCAGCUGUAUUAGGGAGGAGAUGAGCUGCUACAAACCCUGUCUUACUCAGGUGAUGUCCAGCAGUAUGGCUAGUGCAGCUAUUACAGCCCUUUCACCUGGAGGGGUUUUAAUGCAAGCUGGACCCCAACAGACCAUCAGUCAGUUGGUACCCAGUGAUGUUCAGAGCGAACUGAAGCACUUGUACACAGCAGCAGGAGAGCUGCUUCGACACUUUUGGUCCUGUUUUCCUGUCAACACACCCUUCCUGGAGGAGAAGGUGGUUAAGAUGCAGUCCAAUCUGGAGAGGUUUCAGUCAACCAAGCUCCACCCAUUCCAAGAGAAGAUCCGACGGGAAUACUUAAGUACCAAUCUGACCAGCCAUCUAGAUGAGAUGCUCAAGGCCGCCUAUAACAAGUUCCACGCUUGGCAGACCCGGCGUAUGUUGAGAAAAACCUGAGGGAAGAGAAACUGAGCCAUUUGAUGUACAAUAUUGGAGAUUAUAAAAAGAGGGAGAGAGAACAGUCUCCUUUAAGUCCAGCUUGGUCGCUCCACCUAGUGAUGCAAGUGUUAGUGGGAUGAAGCCUAUUGUGCCUAGAUAUUCAGGACUUGGGUUUUCACCAGAUCAGACCAUGUGGAGAUGGACUACACCACUGAUAUCUGUACAUUUUUUUUUUUUUCCGUCGAUCUGAUUUUCGUUGCCCUGCAUUUUUUUAUUUUUUAUUUUUUCUUCCUUUACCUUCAGUGAGAAAGACGUCUGGCUUCCAGACUGGAAUCAAAUGUGCAUUUGACAGUGUUGAAUUUAUGACCAAACUGUGGGCUUAAUACCAGAGGAAGUAUUCUCAGGAACUAAAAAAAGAAAUGUUCAAUGCAAAACAACAUGCGGGGGAUUUUACGUGGCACACAGCACAUGACUGAAAUAAUGGUGAUGAUCUAUGACUUAAAUCAUGGCAGUGCAAUGCAGUACGAGUGUGUAAACACUUGUUCAAUGGAAACCCAGAGGCACAGUGGGGAAAUAAAUAAAGCAAUACUGUAUACGUUCAAUUGUGUAUUACUGGCGUGCGAAUCGCACGACAUUCUGUUCAGUCUCAUUUAAAUGCACUGAAAACAAGUUUCUGGAUACUGGGGAAAUAAAAGUCAAUAGGAUUA